CAGUGUGUGUGUAUGAAGCGCUUUUAAUAAGUUGAGCUGUGCUGAGAUGCUGUGCUUCUGCCCCUGUUUCGAUGAGGAGCUGGACCUGGAGCUGGAGCCGGUGCUGCUCAUCUCCGGAAUCGGAGGCUCCAUUCUAACUUGUAAGAAGAAGACCAAGUUGGGGUUCGACACUCGCGUCUGGGUACGCAUCCUUUUGGCCGACCUUGAAUUCAAGAAGAAACUCUGGUCUCUCUAUAAUCCCCUUACAGGUUAUACAGAAACAUUAGACAAGGACACUGAAAUCGUGGUCCCAGAUGAUGAUUAUGGCCUUUAUGCAAUUGAUAUUCUGGACCCGUCAGCGUUUGUGAAAUGCAUACAUUUGCAAGACGUAUACUAUUUUCAUGAUAUGAUUAACAUGCUUUUGGGUUGCGGCUAUAAGAAGGGAACCACAUUGUUUGGAUAUGGCUAUGAUUUUCGACAAAGCAACAGAAUUGACGAGUUAAUGGAAGAUCUUAAAGUGAAAUUGGAAACUGCUUACAAGGCUUCUGGGGGUAGAAAAGUUAAUAUAAUUUCGCAUUCAAUGGGUGGACUGCUAGUCAUGUGUUUUAUGUCACUCCAUCAUGAGGUCUUUUCGAAGUAUGUGAGUAAAUGGAUUUGCAUCGGUUGCCCUUUUCAAGGUGCACCAGGAUGCAUCAAUGAUUCUCUUUUAACCGGACUGCAGUUUGUUGAAGGCUUGGAAAGCUUCUUUUUUGUAUCAAGGUGGACUAUGCACCAGCUGUUGGUCGAGUGUCCAUCAAUCUACGAGAUGUUGGCCAAUCCAGAUUUUAAUUGGAAAAAGGAGCCGGAAAUUCAGGUUUGGAGGAAGCAGUCUAAGAAUGGGAAAAGUUCUAUUGAGCUGGAAUCUUACGGCCCCGCUGAAAGUAACACUUUGUUUAGAGAAGCAUUGAGAAAUAAUGAGCUAACUUAUGAUGGUAAAACUGUAGCUUUGCCAUUUAACUUUGCUAUCUCCAGAUGGGCUGCCGAGACUCGUCAAGUUCUCAACAAUGCCAAACUACCAGAUGGAGUCUGCUUCUAUAACAUUUAUGGGAUAUCCUUUGACACACCAUUUGAUGUUUGCUAUGGCUCGAAGGAAUCUCCAAUUGAAGACUUGUCUGAAAUUUGCCAUUCAAUGCCUCAGUAUUCUUAUGUGGAUGGAGAUGAAACAGUUUCUGCUGAAUCAGCAAAGGCAGAUGGAUUUGAUGCAGUUGAAAGAGUGGCAAUAGCUGCGAGACACCGGGAACUAUUAAGUGACAAAACGGUUUUUAAACAUAUCAAAAAGUGGUUGGGAGUUGAGCAGAAGGGCAACAUACAUUCCAAGACAUCCAGAGUUUCAGAUGAGCCUGCGAGGCAAUGA